AUGGCUAAGCGCGGCACACCCACCAUGCAUCGUCUUAAACCACAAGUCGAAGCCGCCUCCCGCCGUCGGUUUGAUAUGACCACCCUAAGCCACCUCGUGGCUUACAUUCCAGACGUAUUGCACGUCUCUCGCCUGGAGCCCAAAGACCGCUCAGAUCCCACCCUACGCAUUCUGCUGACUGUUCCAGAGGACAGCACUUCAAUGGACCGCCCCAGCGGCCCAGCCGAUGCUGCUCGAGGUAAUGAUCAAGUGUCGGAUGCCACUUCUGAGAGCACUGAGCAGCACGCGGGCAAAGAAGCCAGCUCAACGCCUGGCACUACCCCCGGAACGCCAGGUGAUAUCAAACGGGUGUUGGCACCCCAACAGAUUGCGCAUCUCCAUCACAUCUUGCGAGCGCGCCUGUUAGACCAGGUCUUUGAAGCCCACGCUGAACAUCUGCAGUCCCUGCCUGGUUCACCGGCAGUUGCACGCGACCAACUGCAGCGCUGGGCCCGUUCCUUUGCGCUUGCGGAUGUACCUCUCAUAAAACCCGCCUCCUUGCCGGAUCUCAGUCGCUCCCGGCCCAUGACAGCUACCGAGGCACUGCAACGUGUGCACACCACCGCACACACCCAGCCGCAAGAUACCAAAACUUCUGCCACCGGGCAACCCACUAAAGAGCCCGAGCCCGAGCCCGAGGCGACGGCCACCAUAGCCGGCCCCCAAAACCUCAGUCCCGUCCUUUCCAAGGCCGCCACCCCUAGGCAUCCAACGACUCCGCACAGUCAAGUAGCCAGCCCCAAACAACGCCUCGCUACUGCGCUGCUGUCUGCUGCUGGCCGCGAACGAACCGACACGGCCCAUGCAGGAGCGCUGCCGGCGAGUCAAGAUGGGACGGCUGCCAACGAGGGGCCGCCCGGUGGGUCCACGCUGGCACCCACAACCAGUGGCCGCUUGCUGCGAGAAGGCUUGGUCUCCUCUGACAUGCUGUCACGCAUCGCAAGCCGCCAGAAGCAGCGCACUGAAGCCCAGCUCACGAUGGCCUCGCUUCAGAGUCAACGACAGCACGAAUUGGAAAAAUUGCCCGUUGUAGUGAAUGCCUUGUGGGGCUCGUAUCGACUCAAAAGUUCGCAGCCUCUACCGAAUGCCAUCGAGGCCGUCAGCAAAUCAUGCCGCAUGGCUCGUGACGUGGCCGAGCGGCAGAUCCGCUUUGCUGCUGAAACGCUGCCUGACUGGUGCCAAAUCUUGGAACGAGAUGGCCGGACCUUUUGCAAGAUCAACCGCAAGCAAACGCUGGGCGAGGUUAAGAAGCAGAUCGAUAUUCGGCGUAGCACGGCUGCGCAGGCUGACUGA